UGUCUUUAGGGUCCUAUGUGUGAUCUGCUGUGGAGUGACCCUGAUGACCGUGGUGGMUGGGGAAUAUCACCUAGAGGUGCUGGAUACACCUUUGGACAAGACAUAUCAGAAACAUUUAAUCAUACUAAUGGAUUGACCUUGAUUGCAAGAGCACAUCAACUUGUUAUGGAGGGUUAUAACUGGUGUCAUGAUAGAAAUGUAGUGACUAUAUUCAGUGCGCCAAACUACUGCUAUCGCUGUGGUAACCAGGCAGCCAUCAUGGAACUGGAUGACUCUCUCAAAUACUCCUUCCUUCAGUUCGACCCCGCCCCAAGAAGAGGAGAGCCACACGUCACACGACGCACCCCAGAUUAUUUCUUGUAGAAGUGAAGUAUUUUAGAACAGUUGACGCAAUACCUAAUCAUUAGUUAUCUGGGCUAAUAAUGAUCGAUACUAGUCCAUAUCUUACAAAAAGCCGGUCUAUAUAUGGAACCAUAUAUUAUGAAGAGAGCUACACUAUUAUGG